AUGGCUUCAGGUCUACAUCCAGCGGGCGUUCCAGACUGGAACAACCUCGAUAUCCUUCACAAGAACACGCUGCCUGCACGCGCAUACUUUCACAACUACAAGUCCGAGGCCGAUGCACUUAGUUCCGAUGUGAACAAGUCGACGACACAUAGCCUCUCCGGCACGUGGAAAUUCCAGCAUUCAUUCUCACCAUUCGAAGCUCCUGAAGGCUUUGAGUCGACUACAUUCGACACAUCAUCAUGGAGCGACAUUGCUGUGCCAGGCAUGUGGCAGUUGCAGGGCUUUGGCAAAGGCCCCCAGUAUACGAACGUCAUUUAUCAUAUCCCAGUCGAUCCUCCCAACGUGCCGUUUACCGAGAAUGAGACUGGAUCGUACGUUCGUAAGUUCAAGAUUCCGAAAGAAUUGCAGGACGGUCAACUUCGACUCCGAUUUGAAGGUGUUGACGCUGCUUUCCAUGUCUGGAUCAAUGGGAAAGAAGUCGGAUAUUCCCAGGGUAGCAGAAACCCGGAUGAGUUUGACAUUACCUCGAUUGUCAAGCUCAAUGCCGAAAACACUCUGGCCGUUAGAGUGUAUCAACAUUGCGAUGGAACUUAUAUUGAAGAUCAAGACCAGUGGUGGCUGAGUGGCAUAUUCCGUGAUGUCUUCUUGGUGGGUUUCCCCAAGACGUCGCGCAUCGAGAAUGUCUUUGCACAGACGAUUUUGGAUUCAUCCUACACCGACGCCGAGCUAAAAGUCAAAGUCAGCGCGACCGGACCUGGCAAGCUCACAGCGAGGCUUUUGGAUGCAAAGAAGCAGGAAGUUGCCUCAUCAGAAGCCGACAUCAAGAGUGAUGAUGUGACUCAACUCAGCUUUCAGGUCAAGGAUCCUUUAAAGUGGACUGCCGAAUCGCCGAACCUAUAUCAUCUCGUCGUCUCUACCGGUGAUCAAGUUGUCGCCCAACGCAUCGGUUUUAGACAGGUCGAGAUGAAGGACGGCUUGAUCAAAGUCAACGGCAAGAGAAUUGUCUUCCGCGGAGUUAACCGUCAUGAGCAUCACCCCACUUGUGGUCGCGCGGUGCCGUAUGAUUUCAUGAAGGAAGACCUUCUGAUCAUGAAGCGCCACAAUAUCAAUGCUAUCCGUACUUCUCAUCAGUUGAACGACCCACGAUUGUACGAUCUUGCGGACGAGAUGGGUUUCUGGGUCAUCGAUGAAGCGGACCUGGAGUGCCACGGUUUUGAAAGUAUCGCUGAUGCUGCGUUAUCGAAAGAAGAGCGCAACCUACCAUUCCGCGAGCGCCAGCUUUUAACUAGGUCGAAGGCCGCAGAAUGGACAACCAACAACCCAGCCUGGACGCACGCAUACGUGGACCGUGCAGAGGCACUCGUCAAGCGGGACCAGAUGCAUCCAUCAGUCAUCAUAUGGAGUCUCGGUAACGAAGCUUUCAUGGGACGCAACUUCGUGGCCAUGUACGAACACAUCAAAAAUACGACGGCAGCCGGCCUAAUGUAUCCCCCAAUCGACGAGAUCAUCAAGUUUGGUGAAGACAAGGAGAAGAAGAAGCCACUGGUUCUUUGCGAAUAUAUCCACGCCAUGGGUAACGGUCCCGGUAACAUCAAAGAAUACGUUGACGCCUUCUAUAAGUACCCAACUCUGCAGGGAGGUUUUGCAUGGGAGUGGGCGAAUCACGGUCUUCUUACCAAGGACAAGCAGACAGGUGAAGAGUUCUAUGCCUAUGGUGGCGACUUUGGUGAAGAAGUUCACGAUGCAACGUUCGUCAUGGACGGUCUUGUCAACUCCGACCAUUCGCCCAAUGCAGGCUUGAUUGAGUACAAGAAAGCUAUCGAACCUGUGCAGCUUCUGGAAUCGAACAGUUCGAAGGCUACGUUUAUCAACCGGUACGAUUUCAUCACGCUCGACCACUUGAGCUGUCAGUACACAUCAACGUCCGCAUCUGGAAGUGAAAGUGUAUCGGGAAGCCUAGAAAUUCCUUCUGGUAUUUCGCCUGGCCAGACCUUUGAUGUACAGCUUCCAAAGAUCGAAGGAUCAGAAGAGGAAGUUUUGCUUAGCAUCUCGUUUCAGCUGAAGGAGGCUACGCCAUAUCUCAAGGCAGGUUUCGAGAUCGCGACAGCACAGAUACCCGUUACGCCAGUAACACCGUUGAAGCGACCUCAGUCAUCGGGCAAGCAAUUCACUGUUGAGACACCGUCCAGGAACACCCUCAAGAUCACGACGGAUCAAGCCACUUGGGAGUUCUACCGAGCUUCUCUCAAGGCACCAGAAAUCGACAUCUUCCGCGCGCCUACUGAUAAUGACAUUCCACAAGACGGUUGGGAUUGGAAAGACAAGCAACUGCAUCACGCGAAGCCUUUUACUCGCAAGGUUGAAUGGUCACAGUCUGGCUCGGAAGCUCUCAAGAUUACCGUACAUCAACGUGUCGCUCCUCCAGUUCUCUCUUGGUCUAUCGACUGCGUUCUUACGUACACUUUCAGUGCCAGUGGUACUCUGUCUGUGCAUGUCACCGGUACACCAAAGGGUGAGAACCUACCUCGUACCCUCCCACGCAUCGGCCUUGUUAUGGAGCUACCUAAGCAGUUCCAACAAGUCGAGUGGUUCGGCCGCGGUUUCGAUGAAUCCUACCGCGACAGCAAACUCUCGCAACCCGUGGGCAAGUACACAGCAUCCAGCAUCGACGAACUCUGGGUGGACUACGAAGUACCUCAGGAAUCGUCAAACCGCACAGAUACUCGUUAUCUCAGCCUCACAAAUGGUAGCGGCGCAGGUCUGCUCGCUCAAUUCGCGGAUAAAAAGACUGAACAGAGGAAGCUGUUUGACUUUCAGGUCACCCAUUACAGGAUGAAGGAUGUUGCGGCUGCGGACCACCCGCAUGAGCUAAAGAAGAAAAAGCUGGAGGAAGUUGUGCUUAGAUUAGAUGCGGAACACCAUGGACUGGGCAGUGGAAGCUGUGGACCGAGGACACUGGACGAGUAUAGUCUAAUGUGCGAACCUUUUGAGUUUGAGGUCGUAUUGCAGGCUCCGUAG